GCCUGCGCACGCUGGUGUCAGAGGUUACGGCGGCGUCCGCUGUGGCGGGAAAGGCUGUUUGAAGCGGCAGGAUGGAGGGCAAGCGGCGGCCGGCACCGGGCUCCGGGGUGCCCCCGAAGCGGGCGCGUCCAGGCAUGUGGGACGAGGAUGUCACACAGCGGCCGUCCCAGUUCGAGGAGGAACUGGCGCUGAUGGAAGAGAUGGAGGCCGAGCGCCGGCUGCAGGAGCAGGAGGAGGAGGGGCUGCAGUCAGCCGCCGAGGGGGCUGUGGUCGGACACUUCUCCCCAUCAGCGCUAGACCCCCGCUGGGUCCGGCCCUCCCCACCUCCUCUGAACCCCCAGACGGAGCCUCUCAUCUUUCAGCAGUUGGAGAUUGACCAUUAUGUGGGCCCGGCCCGGUCCCUCCCACUACCUGGGGCGCCCCCAGCAUCCCAGGCCUCCGUCCCUGUGCUCCGGGCCUUUGGGGUCACCGACGCCGGCAACUCUGUCUGCUGCCACAUCCAUGGCUUUGCACCCUACUUCUACACUCCAGCACCCCCUGGUUUCGGGGCCCAGCACCUGGCCGAGCUGAAGCAGGAGCUGAAUGCGGCCAUCAGCCGGGACCAGCGUGGAGGGAAGGAGCUCUCGGGGCCCGCCGUGCUGGCCGUGGAGCUCUGCACUCGUGAGAGCAUGUAUGGCUACCACGGGCACGGGCCCUCCUCGUUCCUGCGUAUCAUUCUGGCCUUGCCCCGUCUCGUGGCCCCCGCCCGCCGCCUCCUGGAGCAAGGUGUCCGUGUUCCCGGCCUGGGCACCCCCAGCUUCGCACCCUAUGAGGCCAACGUGGACUUUGAGAUCCGGUUCAUGGUGGAUACAGGCAUCGUGGGCUGCAACUGGCUGGAACUCCCACCCGGGAAAUAUGUCCUGAGGCCCCAGGAGAAGACGACGCUGUGCCAGCUGGAGGUGGACGUCCUCUGGUCCAGCGUGAUCAGUCACCCCCCAGAGGGGCAGUGGCAGCGGAUCGCACCCCUGCGCGUGCUGAGCUUUGACAUCGAGUGCGCGGGCCGCAAAGGUAUCUUCCCCGAGCCGGAGCGGGACCCCGUCAUCCAGAUCUGCUCGCUGGGCCUGCGCUGGGGCGAGCCGGAGCCCUUCCUGCGCCUGGCGCUCACGCUGAAGAGCUGUGCCCCGAUCCUGGGCGCCAAGGUGCAGAGCUACGAGACCGAGGAGGACCUGCUGCAGGCCUGGUCUAACUUCAUCCGGGCCAUGGACCCAGAUGUAAUCACAGGCUACAACAUCCAGAACUUUGACCUUCCGUACCUCAUCUCCAGGGCUCAGACCCUCAAGGUGCAGGCGUUUCCCUUCUUGGGCCGAGUUUCCGGGCUCCGCUCUACCAUCCGAGACUCGUCCUUCCAGUCAAAGCAGACGGGCCGGCGGGACAGCAAGGUGGUCAGCAUGGUGGGCCGCGUGCAGAUGGACAUGCUGCAGGUGCUGCUUCGGGAGUACAAGCUGCGUUCCUACACUCUCAACGCCGUCAGCUUCCACUUCCUGGGCGAGCAGAAGGAGGACGUGCAGCACAGCAUCAUCACGGACCUGCAGAACGGGAAUGAGCAGACGCGCCGCCGCCUGGCCGUGUACUGCCUGAAGGAUGCCUACCUGCCGCUGCGCCUGCUGGAGCGUCUCAUGGUGCUGGUCAAUGCCGUGGAGAUGGCCCGGGUCACCGGCGUGCCGCUCGGCUACCUGCUCACCCGCGGCCAGCAGGUCAAGGUCGUGUCCCAGCUGCUCCGCCAGGCCAUGUGCCAGGGCCUGGUGAUGCCCGUGGUGAAGACAGAGGGAGGCGAGGACUACACGGGGGCCACUGUCAUUGAGCCGCUCAAAGGGUACUACGACGUGCCCAUCGCCACCCUGGACUUCUCCUCGCUGUACCCGUCCAUCAUGAUGGCCCACAACCUGUGCUACACCACCCUCCUGCGGCCCGGGGCCGCCCAGAAGCUGGGCCUGACCUCAGAGCAGUUCAUCAAGACGCCCACGGGGGACGAGUUUGUGAAGACGUCAGUGCGCAAGGGCCUGCUCCCCCAGAUCCUGGAGAAUCUGCUCAGCGCCCGGAAAAGGGCCAAGGCCGAGCUAGCCAAGGAGACCGACCCCCUGCGCCGCCAGGUCCUGGAUGGGCGGCAGCUGGCGCUGAAAGUGAGCGCCAACUCUGUGUAUGGCUUCACGGGUGCCCAGGUGGGCAAGCUGCCCUGCCUUGAGAUCUCCCAGAGCGUCACCGGCUUCGGGCGUCAGAUGAUUGAGAAAACGAAGCAGCUGGUGGAGUCCAAGUACACGGUGGAGAACGGCUACAGUGCCAAUGCCAAGGUGGUGUAUGGCGACACUGACUCCGUCAUGUGCCGAUUCGGCGUCUCCUCGGUGGCCGAGGCCAUGGUCCUGGGGCGGGAAGCUGCAGACUGGGUGUCCGGCCACUUCCCACCGCCCAUCCGGCUGGAGUUUGAGAAGGUCUACUUCCCCUACCUGCUCAUCAGCAAGAAGCGCUACGCCGGCCUGCUCUUCUCCUCGAGCCCAGACACCCACGACCGCAUGGACUGCAAGGGCCUGGAGGCCGUGCGCAGGGACAACUGUCCCCUGGUGGCCAACCUCGUCACUGCCUCGCUGCGUCGCCUGCUCAUCGACCGGGACCCAGCCAGCGCAGUGGCCCACGCGCAGGAGGUCAUCUCGGACCUGCUGUGUAACCGCAUUGACAUCUCGCAGCUGGUCAUCACCAAGGAGCUGACGCGCGCGGCGGCCGACUACACGGGCAAGCAGGCGCACGUGGAGCUGGCGGAGAGGAUGAGGAAGCGGGACCCCGGGAGUGCACCCAGCUUGGGCGACCGUGUCCCCUACGUGAUCAUUGGGGCUGCCAAGGGCGUGGCUGCGUACAUGAAGUCUGAGGACCCCCUGUUCGUGCUCGAGCACAGCCUGCCCAUCGACACCCAGUACUACCUGGAGCAGCAGCUGGCCAAGCCGCUCCUGCGCAUCUUCGAGCCCAUCCUGGGCGAGGGCCGGGCCGAGGCGGUGCUGCUGCGUGGAGAUCACACCCGCUGUAAGACGGUGCUGACGGGCAAGGUGGGCGGCCUGCUGGCCUUCGCACAACGCCGCAGCUGCUGCAUUGGCUGCCGCACGGCCCUCAGCCACCAGGGAGCUGUGUGCAAGUUCUGCCGGCCGCGGGAGUCCGAGCUCUAUCAGAAGGAGGUGUCCCACCUGAACGCCCUGGAGGAGCGCUUCGCGCGCCUGUGGACACAGUGCCAGCGCUGUCAAGGCAGCCUGCACGAGGACGUCAUCUGCACCAGCCGCGACUGCCCCAUCUUCUACAUGCGCAAGAAGGUGCGGAAGGACCUGGAGGACCAGGAGCAGCUGCUGCGGCGCUUCGGCCCCCCAGGCCCCGAGGCCUGGUGACCCCGCACUUCCCCAGCAGCUUGACAUUAAUAAAGUUCAUCUUUUGUUAC